AUGGAUGAUAACAAAGACCACUGUGCAUUACUUUUACUCGAUGAAAUCAAACUUUUAAAAUCGAUGUACAAUACAAAUGAGUUGAAAUUCGCUGAAAAUGAGGAUGGAAUUCAUAAUUUUUAUUUUCAGAAAAUCGAUGAUAUAAAUAUUGAAAUUGUGAUACAAUUCAAUGACGGUUACCCUUUGUUAUUUAAGCCUUCAGUUUAUAUAAGAUCGCCAUCAGUUGAUUCAUUUAAUUUUAACAAAAAUCUACGCGAAUAUAUCGAUAAAUGUCCAAUUGGUCAACCUCUGGCUAAUGACAUCAUUUUUUGGGUGCAGGACAAUAUUCACCGAUACAAGCAAUUGCCGGAUCAACUCAGUGAAAAAAAGCCAACUGAUGAUACGAAAGGAAUUUAUUCGAGACUUUGGAUUUAUUCUCAUCAUUUAUAUAGUAAUGUUAAGCGUAGAAAUAUCGAGAAAAAAGCAAAAGAUUUAGAUUUAAAUGGACUAAGUUGUCCUGGCAAACCAGGAGUCAUAAUUAUUGAGGGUCAACAAGAAAAAUGCCAAGAGUUUUGGGAUGAAAUUCGGUCAUGGAGUUGGCGUCGCAUUGUGCUUCGACAUAGCGAAGAGUCGACAGAUCCGGCAAAUUUCAUCCGUUUGAGAAAAUUUCAUGAACUUUAUAUUGAAUCGAAAGAUGGUCGUACUUCAGAUAUGUCAAUUUUAAAGAAUACUUUAGCCGAUGUUAAUCUUGAAUAUGGCUUUAAGUUCCUUUUCGGAAUUUAA